AGCCAAAAUAUAUUGUUUUCUCCUCUUUCUCAGAACCUUACCGAAACCAGAAAACCCGAUAAAACAGAAACCAGAUCUCCCAGGAGGAACGACAAUCCAUUUUUCAAGUUUUGAGUUUCCAGGACAGCCAAGUUUUGAUGUCAAUUAUGAGCGGAGUAUCUGGGUUAUGUUCCAUGUAGGAGGGAUUCUUCAAUAUGGGGAUUCUAGGAUUGAAGUUAGUGUAAAGUUUUGAGCAUUUUUUUUUAAAGAUCGGGCAUUUGAUUUGAUAAGUAGUAGUAAUGGCUUCGAAAGAUAAGAGAAGUAAAUUUUGGAAUUGGGUUUUGGGUUUGAUAUACAUAUUCUUAGUUGCAGUAAUAUGGAUUGCCGCCAGUUUUGUGGUUCAGUCUGUUGUUGAUGGGGGUGUCUCUCCAUUUCUAGUCACAUACAUUUGCAAUUCGUUAUUUGUCAUUUACAUUCCUAUAGUUGAAGUUGGACGCUACCUAGAGGAUACUUGUGGAGGUUUAUUGUUCUGGAGAUAUAAAAAGAGCAAUCCUUUACAAGAACUAGGAGAAUCAGAGCAGGUUAUUCUUCUUGGAGAGAGUAGUUCAAGAACAGAAGUGGCUGGAUUGGAUCUACCUUCACCUUUGAAAGAGGGAGAAACUAAUCAGGAAGAGACAGAUGUUGGAGACAACUUGGAGUUUGGAUCACAUGGUGCUGAAAGGACUUUGCCUGAUCAAAGUAAAUCUGAUGAAGAAACUAAUAAAGAUUUGGAUGCAAAAGGGCGAUGGACUCGGACUAGAGUGGCCAAGGUCAGCCUGCAAGUAUGCCCAUUUUGGUUUUUGGCCCAAUUGACUUUUAAUCUCUCAUUGAAAUAUACUACAGUUACGUCUAACACCAUCUUAAGCAGUGCAUCCAGCCUUUUCACUUUUCUGGUCUCCCUAGCAUUCCUGGGUGAGAGGUUCACUUGGGUAAAGCUUGCAAGUGUUCUUCUUUGCAUGGCUGGAACGAUUAUUGUCAGCCUGGGUGACUCAGAAAACUCAAAUACCAGUUUAGGUGUAAUUGCUUCAAACCCUCUUCUUGGAGACAUAUUUGCUCUUGUCUCAGCUGCGUUAUAUGCUGUUUAUGUUACACUUAUUCGCAAGAAAUUGCCCGAUGAUGAAGAAAAGAGUGGCCAGGCAAGCAUGGCACAGUUCCUUGGAUUUCUAGGACUUUUCAAUCUGAUCAUAUUUCUUCCUUUUGCUCUUAUAAUUAAUUUUACCAAGCUGGAACCCUUCAGUACCUUGACCUGGAAGCAGGCAGGCCUAAUUGUUGGAAAAGGUUUGUUAGACAACGUGCUGAGUGAUUACUUAUGGGCCAAAGCUGUUCUUCUCACAACAACCACAGUAGCAACAGCUGGUCUUACAAUUCAAGUACCAUUGGCAGCUCUGGUGGAUACGCUAACAGGCAAUGCUCCUCUCCUCAUGGAUUACCUCGGAGCUGUUGCUGUCAUGAUUGGUUUUGCAGGCAUCAACAUACCCUCUGAUGCAUUUAGCCAAUCAAAAGAAUCUACUCCUGAAUUAGAACAUGAAAAUGUAAAUUCAACCAGUCAAGGGUGUGUCUCAUCGCCUCAUCAAGCAGUUGCAAUUUCUUAGAAUGUUGUUGAGAUGCUGUAUUACAGUAAUGGUUACCAUUUCCAGCAUUUCUCAUUUUUUAACGUAAAUAGCCUACCGGCUUUUAAAUUGAAGUUUGUAAAUUACAAUGUCAUUACUUCACGAAAGUCAGUUAGCCCUCUCGUUUUAGGGGUAUCCGUUUGUCUCAUAAGAGAGUUAGGUUCAUCUGCUUAUCAGUGCGCCCAGCAAAAUCACACCACAAUCCGAAAGAAACUAUAAUUGUUCUGGAAGAUUCAAGUUAUGUGAUCUUGAUUCUGAGAAAUUGUCAUUGCACCAUCUUGUCAGGAAUCAUGGGAUCUUUGCAUGUCCAAUUGUGGACUAAUUUGGUACAUAAAUAAGUGUUUUAUCA